AUGGAGGUAGAGCAGUACCAUGUGGCUCAGCUGUAUAUGGUGGCCAAGUCUAGUCUGGAGGACACUACUGGAGGGGCCGGUGUGGAAGUGGUCACUAAUGAGCCAUAUGAUGAUGGAGAGACCCAGGGUCAAUUCACCCAUAAGCGUAUUUCUAUAGCACCGUAUUUACCCUCUUGGGUCACCUCGUUGGUCAAUCCUGAUUGGCUGGUAUUCGAUGAGAAGAGUUGGAACGCCUUCCCUCGAUGCCGCACUGUCUACUCCUGUCCUAUGCUCAGCGAGUUCUCCAUGGAAAUCGACAGUAUGCAUAUCGAAGGCAACUGUACUGAUGAUAACGCGCUGAAAAUGGAUGACACUGACCUAGCUAAACGGAAAAUCGAUUUUAUUGAUAUCGUCAACGAUCAUAUAUCUAGUAAGGACUACAACCCUGAGGAGGAUCCCUCCAAGUGGCAUAGCGAAAAGCUCGGUAUAGGACCAUUGGGGCCGGACUGGAUGGAGACUACCCGGCCCAUCAUGACGUGCUAUAAGGUUAUCCAUGUUACUUGCAACCCGGGGUUCAUGAUGCAGAAUAGGGUAGAAAGCUUCAUUGUGAAGGCUACUAAGACUACCCUCUUCAAGUAUCAUCGAAAGUGUGUGUGUUGGGCUGAUGAAUGGGCAGGGUUGACCAUGGACGAUAUUAGAUUGAUGGAAGAUAAGGUCCAGAGGAGGUUAAGGAAAUUCUGGCGGGACAAGAGAAUCGAGGAAGGGGUGGAGGUCCCAGACGAUUCCGACAUAAGUGAAGUGGCGGAGGGUGAGGAUACCCCAGAGAUCCAGCGCGGACGAGUGUGA